CUGAGAUAUUCUGAUAGAUAAAUUUGGUAUUUUCUUUUCGACGAAAUGUAUUGGAAAAAAUAGUGUCAUAGCAACAUAUUACGAUAUUGACAAGGUUGUAUUUGUUCAUUUGGCGGAACACUGAAAGUCCGAAAUCAUGGUUGUGGAUGUUUAUAUAUCGUCGACCUCAGGAAAUACAAAAGUCAAAAGUAGACAACAAUAUAUUAUAAACAUACUUAGUGCAGCUAAGAUACCCUUUGAAGUAAAAGAUAUAUCAUCCUCAGAGACUGACAAACAAUUCAUGUUCAAGGCUCUCGAAGAAAAUGGGAAAACAAUAAUAGCUCCUCAGCUAUUCCUUGGGUCGGAAUAUCUAGGGGAUUAUGAUGAAUUUAUUCAAGCUAAUGAAAAUGAAAUGUUAUUAGAAUUUCUAAAAGUCACUAAUUCAUCACGGGUAUCAAGUUUGGAAACUGAAUCAUAAUUUUAUAGACUGUUUUCUAUCUACCUUAUUCAAAAAAUCAAUCAAUCAAAUCAAAUGUAACAUUCCCUGUUGUUGUUGUUGUUGUUGUCCUUAAUUUUUACCCCUUUAAAGGUCUCUUUUGUAUCCCAUUUAUGUGUGAUAGAAUGUGUAUGUAUGUAUGUAUGUAUGUAUGUAUGUAUGUAUGUAUGUAUGUAUGUAUGUAUGUGCGUAUGUGUAUAUUUAUCUAAUUGAAAUAAUUUGUAAUUUUUCAUAUGUGGAUUUUCCUACUCUCCUUGUUAUCUUACCACAUCGUUUUUCAUUGCCAGUUUUGAUGUUUAUUUUCAAUUAUCUUAACAGUAUUAUAAUCUUGUAAGUGAACUUGAUGUGAUUAUGAUUUUUCUUGAUGCAAUAUGAACAACCUAUUCGCUUGGCAAUAUUUUCUCUCGCUUAAUCAUCUCUCAGUACUUUAAUCAAUGUACCUACCUGUGUGUGUGUUGUGUUUGCGCACUUGUUUCUUCUUUUUUUUCCUUCUUCCAUUUUCAAACAGCUUUUCAAGUAUAAACGUACUAAUUGUGCCAACAAUAUUUAUUUAUAUUGUUGAAUGGGUUGUGUGUUUUUGUGUUAAAAAUAGGUUUUCUUUUUCUCUUUUUAUCUAUUCAGAAUCAUGUGUAAAUUAAUUUGUAUCAGUAAAUAAAGUGAUGUUAAUUCAUUAAACUAUUUUACAACAGGAUCUUUGGAUGAGUUUAAUAGAAUUAUUAGGCCGAUUAGAUUCAUCGUUCAUAGUGAUCUGUGAUAUGGUUACUUUUACUAUUACUUCUACUCUAAGAUUUGUCUUAAUAGUUUCAUAUCUUUAUGUUAAUGUGUUGUGAGAAAUUGAAUCAGGUUCUACGUUGAAUAUAACUGAAUGACAAUUGAAGAUUAAUCGAGAGGAAUGCAC